AGGUGUGUGUAUAUCAUUCAUAUUUGUCGUCUAAUCGGUUCUGUGUGUUUUGUUUAUGUGAAGGUUGUUUUAUGAGUGAAGAAGAAGAAAGUAGAAAGGUGUUUGAGUUCCCAAAAAGCCUUGGUGUUUAAUAACGCUCCGUGACUUUCUCUCACUUCCAUUUGUCCAUUGGUUCAAGCUUCCCUCUCAAAUCAAGAACACCCCUUUCUCUCAUUUGUAACCAGAAUCCACUCUCUUUGACUUCACCCCAGAUCUCUGCGUCUCUCUCUCUCUUACCCAACACAUCUCAUUUAGUCUCAUUGCUGUUGCAAAGGAUAAAUAAAGCUCAAGUGGUGUAUCCGUGUAUGUGGUGGAAUUUCUACUUAUGUUUCAGUUUCUAUCGCGCAGCAGAGGGACAUAAAGAGGAACAUACUUUGUUGUUUUUGAUUAGUUUAGCUUUGGUUGUUGGCAAGCAAAAUGACCAUUGACGUGCCACCGUCCAGUGCCCAUAGUGUUAGAACAAACAGAUCUUCCUUUGGUUCUAGCAAUGGCAGUGAGGCUACUCCAUUACACAACUAUGCAUCUGUUAGCAAUGGUGAUGGCUAUGACAGUGAUGGCUCUAAUUUCGCACCAUCUACACCAACAACCCUAUCAAGUGCUAUUCCAGCAGAACUCGCUGGAGCUGUACCCUUGAUUGAUAAAUUCCAGGUGGAAGGAUUCUUGAAACUGAUGCAUAAACAAAUUCAGUCUGCUGGAAAACGUGGAUUUUUUUCAAAAAGAUCCGUGGGACCCCAAGUUCGAGAGAAAUUUACAUUUGAGGACAUGCUUUGUUUCCAAAAAGAUCCAAUACCUACGUCUUUGCUUAAGCUGAACAGUGACUUGGCAAGCCGAGCAACAAAGUUAUUUUUAAUAAUUUUGAAAUAUAUCGGAGCUGAUUCAUCUGACCGUGUAACUCCAUUAAACUUUGAUGAACGAGUUGAGCUUGUUGGUAAAUUAUACAAGCAGUGUUUGAAGCGUUCAGAACUCCGAGAUGAACUUUUUCUCCAGAUAUCAAAACAAACGAGAAACAACCCUGAGAGGGAAUGCUUGAUUAAAGCAUGGGAGCUAAUGUAUUUAUGUGCUUUGUCCAUGCCUCCCAGUAAAGACAUUGGAGCAUAUUUGUCAGAAUAUGUUCAUAACGUAGCACAUGGUGUGCUUGCUGAUCCUCAGAUUCGAGCCCUUGCUUUAAAUACGUUAAAUGCUUUGAAGCACUCUGUCAAGGCAGGUCCUAGACAUAUAAUACCUGGACCUAUCGAGAUUGAAGCCAUGUUGACUGGGAAAAAGCUUACAACUAUAGUGUUCUUCCUGGAUGAAACAUUUGAAGAAAUUACAUAUGACUUGUCAACAACAGUUGCUGAUGCCGUUGAGGAACUUGCCGGGAUCAUUAAAUUGUCAACAUACUCGAGCUUUAGCUUGUUUGAAUGUCGUAAAGUUGUUACCGGUUCCAAGUCGCCGGAUUCUGGGAAUGAGGAGUACAUUGGAUUAGAUGAUAAUAAAUAUAUCGGGGAUCUGCUGGCGGAAUUUAAGGCAGUUAAAGAACGAAGUAAGGGAGAAAUUCUGCACUGUAAGCUAAUAUUCAAGAAAAAGUUAUUUCGUGACUCAGAUGAAGCUGUCACAGAUCCAAUGUUUUUGCAGUUGUCCUAUGUACAAUUGCAGCAUGAUUAUAUUUUGGGUAACUAUCCUAUUGGAAAGGAUGACGCUUCCCAGCUUUCUGCACUGCAAAUCUUGGCUGAGAUAGGAUUUGUUAGAAGACCAGAAUCAUGCACUGACUGGAAUUCAUUCCUGGAGCGAUUUCUACCUAGACAAAUUGCAAUGACUCGAGCAAAACGGGAAUGGGAGUUGGACAUUCUUUCUUGCUAUCAUUCACUGGCGCAUGUGACUAAAGAUGAUGCAAGACAACAAUUUCUCCAUAUAUUGAGAACAAUUCCUUAUGGAUUUUCUGUUUUCUUCAAUGUUCGCAAAAUUGAUGAUCCAAUUGGACUCUUGCCUGGAAGAAUUAUUUUGGGAAUCAAUAAAAGAGGGGUCCAUUUUUUCCGUCCUGUUCCCAAGGAGUAUAUGCACUCUGCCGAGUUGAGAGAUAUAAUGCAAUUUGGAAGCAGCAAUACUGCAGUAUUUUUUAAAAUGCGAGUUGCAGGUGUUCUUCACAUAUUUCAGUUUGAGACAAAGCAGGUAUUGGCAUGUUCUUUGUUUUGUGGUGGACUUGGUUCAUUCUUUUCCUCACUAAAUCAAUGUCAUUAUAUCAUUCUUUUGAAGGGAGAAGAAAUCUGUGUAGCCCUUCAGACACACAUAAAUGAUGUUAUGCUGCGACGUUAUUCCAAAGCUCGAUCUACCGUGGGUGGUUCUCUGAAUGAGGAUACUUCUACUAACUUUAAGCCUUCUAAUUUGGAAUUAUAUGAGAAGCGUGUUCAAGAUUUAUCAAAACUUGUUGAAGAGUCUCAAACAAAUGCUGAUCAAUUGCUAGAGAAAUUACGUCAGAAGCAUAAACAAGAAGAGGAAAUGCUACAAGAAUUAGAUGGCUUAAAAAAGUCUUUAAAAGCUGAUAAGCAGAGUCUUGCAGAAGUUACUGAUGACCGUGACAAACUUAGGUCUUUAUGCUUAGAAAAAGAUAAGGAACUUCAGGCUAAAAUUCUCGAGAAAAGAAACAUGGAAGCACAGAUGGCCAAGCUGAGUAAUCAGGUUACUGAAAACGCCACAAAAAAUGACCUGCUUCAAGCAGAUAACCAAGUGUCACAAAAACUUGAAGACGACCUAAAAUUAUGUAAAGGUGAGCUGCUUGAAGCUGAAGAGACCAUCAAAAGCUUGAGAAGUGAAAAGUUGAUUUUGGAACGGAAGCUAUUUGAGUUUGAGAAGAAGAGUGAAGAAGAGAUUAGUUCUCUACAAUGUAAACUUGAGCAAGAACGCAAGAAUUUGAACUCUCAUGCACAUGACCUUGAACGAAAACUGGAUAUGCUUAGACAAGAAUUGACUGUGGCCAAGUCUACACUUUCAGUCAAGGACUCUGAAUUGGCUGCUUUGAAGAACAAUUUAGAUGAACUAGAAGAAUUGAGAGAAAUGAAAGAGGACAUUGAUAGAAAGAAUGAACAGACAGCAGCCAUUCUGAAGAUGCAAGCGGCUCAACUAGGUGAAAUGGAAUUGCUGUAUAAGGAAGAGCAGGUUCUAAGAAAGAGAUAUUUUAAUACCAUAGAAGAUAUGAAAGGCAAAAUAAGAGUUUAUUGUCGGUUAAGACCUCUUAGUGAAAAAGAGAUUGCAAACAAAGAAAGAGAUUCUCUUACUACUGUUGAUGAGUUUACAGUUGAGCACCCAUGGAAAGAUGACAAAGCAAAACAACACAUAUACGAUCGUGUAUUUGAUGGUUAUUCCACUCAAGAAGAUGUAUUUGAGGAUACUAGGUACCUAGUGCAAUCUGCUGUAGAUGGUUAUAAUGUUUGCAUAUUUGCUUAUGGUCAAACUGGUUCUGGAAAGACUUUUACAAUCUAUGGAGCUGAAAACAAUCCUGGACUCACCCCACGUGCCACUGCAGAACUUUUUAGGAUUUUAAGAAGAGAUAGUAACAAGUAUUCUUUUUCCUUGAAGGCAUAUAUGUUGGAGUUAUAUCAAGAUACACUUGUAGAUCUUCUGUUACCCAAGAAUUCAAAGCGUUUAAAAUUGGAUAUUAAGAAGGAUUCAAAGGGAAUGGUAGCAGUUGAAAACGUAACAAUUGUGUCCAUUUCUAAUGUGGAGGAAUUAAACAGCAUAAUACAGAGGGGAUCUGAGCAGCGGCAUACAUCAGGGACACGAAUGAAUGAUGAAAGCUCAAGAUCUCAUCUCAUACUAUCAAUUGUCAUUGAAAGUACCAACCUUCAAAGCCAAUCAACUGCAAGGGGAAAGUUAAGUUUUGUGGAUCUUGCUGGGUCAGAGAGAAUAAAAAAGUCAGGUUCAGAAGGUAAUCAACUUAAAGAAGCUCAAAGUAUCAACAAAUCAUUAUCAGCACUAGGAGAUGUUAUCAGUGCUUUGUCUUCUGGUGGUCAACACAUACCUUACAGAAAUCAUAAGUUAACGAUGUUGAUGAGUGACUCACUUGGGGGUAAUGCCAAAACUCUCAUGUUUGUGAAUGUAUCUCCAACAGAAUCAAGCUUGGAUGAGACACAUAACUCUCUCAUGUAUGCAUCACGAGUGAGAUCAAUUGUGAAUGAUCCAAGCAAAAAUGUUUCUUCAAAAGAAAUAGCUCGACUGAAGAAACUGGUUGCAUAUUGGAAGGAGCAAGCAGGUAGAAGAGGAGAGGAUGAAGAGUUGGAAGAAAUUCAAGAAGAAAGACCAACUAAAGAGAAGAGUGAUGGGAGGCAUUCUAUGUAGUAAUUCUAGGAAAAUAGGAACACAAAUAGCCUCUAGAUAGGGUUGGCCAUUUUCUGCAUUUCAGAUUUUGGAAUGUUGUGAUCACUUCCCAAUUAACAAGAUUGCACAGGCUUCAUAGGUUGUAAUUUAUGUCAGAUGCAAGAUGUAUAGUUGAAUCAUGUA